GCGGGCGGCGCGGCGGGGACGAGCUCGGGGCCGGCACCUGGCCAGCUGCUGUCUCAGCAUGGAGAGCCGCACCAACCCCAGCCCCGGAACGCUGCCCUGCUGUGUGGCUUUCUCCCAGCUGCUGGGCCUGACCGUGGUGGCCCUGACUGGCGCUUGGCUCGGCCUGUACCGGGGAGGCAUUGCCUGGGAGAGCGCCCUGCAGUUUAACGUGCACCCCCUCUGCAUGGUCAUAGGCCUGGUCUUCCUGCAGGGUGAUGCCCUGCUGGUUUACCGGGUCCUCAGGAACGAGGCCAAGCGCACGACCAAGGUCCUGCAUGGGCUGCUUCACGGCUUCGCCUUCAUCAUCGCCCUGGUGGGCCUGGUGGCGGUGUUCGACUACCACAAGAAGAAGGGCUACGCCGACCUGUACAGCCUGCACAGCUGGUGUGGCAUCCUCGUCUUCGUCCUCUACUUCGUGCAGUGGCUGGUGGGCUUUAGCUUCUUCCUGUUCCCUGGAGCUUCGUUUUCUCUGCGGAGCCGCUAUCGCCCACAGCACGUCUUCGUUGGGGCCUCCAUCUUCCUGCUCUCCGUGGGCACAGCCCUGCUGGGCCUGAAGGAGGCGCUGCUGUUUAACCUGGGGGCCAAGUACAGCACAUUCGAGCCCGAGGGUGUCCUGGCCAACGUGCUGGGCCUGCUGCUGGCCGGCUUCGGCCUGGUUGUGCUCUACAUCCUGACCCGAGCCGACUGGAAGCGCCCCCCCCAGGCUGAAGAACAAGCGCUGUCCAUGGACUUCAAGACGCUGACGGAGGGUGACAGCCCCGGCUCCCAGUGACAGGCUGCUCUGGCCUGCGGGGACGGAGGGCCCUGGCUGUGGGGCCUCCUCGGGUCCCCACUCUGACGGCCUUUCGCAGGGCCUGAGGCUGCCUGCAGGACUCCUGGCUCCUGGGCUGCGGGGCGGAGCGGGUCGGGGGCAUCAGGCAGUGCGCCUCUUUGAGCAGUGAUUUCUGGGGUGUAGGGCUUGGCCACUUCUGCUUCCCCCUCCUCACUGCAGCUUUAGUGUCCUGUUAGUCCUGCGCAGACCCCGCCUGUUUUCCCCAUCACCCCUCAAAAGGAGAAGCUUUGGGUCGGCAUUUGGGUGGUCAGCCCCGGUCACAGAAGCUCAGACCUCUAAAGGAGACAGAGAGUGGCUUCCCCACUCUAGGCUGAGUCCAGGGUUGUGGGAGGAACCUGGGGCCUCAGCGACAGGCCUAUCAAAGCCAAGACUGAAUUCAAACCAGGAGUCUCACUAGCCUGGAUGACACGUGGUCCGAAUGGGCCUGCUCUCUGGCCGAGCAGAAGUGAUAUUAUGUGUAAACUGUUUGUGUUCAGUGUCGGCUCCCCUGGAGAGGGGAGGGACUGGCCCCUGGGGAGCUCUGGAGAUGUGGCUUUGGCCCAGCUGUGCUCCUCUGAGCCUUCCCUGUCUUACUCUUUGCCCAAGGGUGGCUUCCUUGGGAGAGGGGCGAGGGGCACGGGACUUCAGACAGCCCAGCCCUUGGCACUGAGGACAGCUGAAGAGGAAGCAGAUGGCCCCCUGCGUGGGCUGUGUGAGUGGCGGCUUCCUUUCUAGCUCAGCCUGCGGCUCCCCGUGUCCCCACCCUCACGAGCCAGCCCAAGCGCUGCUCUGACCAGAGGCCCAGGACACCACCCUUCUUUAAAUGAAAAGCUGCUACUCUUGCCCCUUCCCCUGUUGAUAGGGAAGGGGCGCCGCCUGCUUCUGUCCAGGACAGCCGCAUCUGGCCUCACCUUCCAGGGCCCAUCUCUGCGCAGGUUGGGACUGCAUCAGAAUCACAUUAGCCCCCAGCCCCAUCCGUGUGCCGCGUUGUUAGUGAGUCACUGUUUGGCUUCAGUUGAGAAGCAACGUGAUUAGAGCAUUGAUCUUGUAUUUCUUGGACUUGGUGAAUGUUCUCUCUUUGUUUUGUUCACUUUCUGGGCUUUGAGGAACAUGACACAGUUCAAGACACCACAGUUUACUUAAAUGAAGAAAUUAAUAAAAUUUCCAAAUUUAUCGCUUUUCCUUUUAAUGGUUGCCUUUUUCAUAGCUACACGCUGCCUUGGAGAAAGGUCUCCUCCGCUGCUCAGAUUUGCUGUGGGUCCUGCUUCAGGCGAUGCCACUUCUCGGCGGGUGGCUGCGGCUCAGCACCCUCCCCUGCAGGGCUGGCCAGGCUCCAGCCCGCCUCUGACCCCCUGCAGCUUGCUGGGCCAGGGCGUUGGCCCGGUUAGACUGUGUACUCUGCAGGGGCCAGGCGUCAUCCAUGCUUUCAUCAC